AUGACAUGCGCACACAUUAAACUAGUAGUUAGAAAAAUAAACGAACUGAUUGAAAAAAUUGGUGAUGAUAAUUCUAUACUCUACAAGAGCCUUGGAAUUUAUGUAAAAAAAGAAGAAACAGAAUCUGGUUUGUGUUUGAAGAAAGUUCCACAAUAUUGUGGUUCAAAUAAUGAUAGUUGCCGCGAACAUUAUACAGGCGGUUCCUCUUAUUUAACUUUUGGUUGUGAAUAUAAUAUAAAGACUAUUAAUAAAAAUGCUUUAGGCGAAUAUUUUUCCGAAAUAGGGGUGUUAAUAAAUGAUUGUGAUUGCUAUAACGAUUUAAAUAGAAAUUCAAUAGAUAAAUAUAAUAAGUUAAUUAAAGAGUUUAAUGAUUUAGCCAAAAAUUCAGUAACUGGUGAUCACAGAGAGUUAGCAGAAAAAUGUAGAAAUUUAAUUGGGAGGCUUGAAGAAUAUGAGGAAUAUAAAGAUAAAUUUGAAGAAGUUAGGGAUGAAAGAGAAAGGGAGAGAAUUGACAACACACGAGAAAUUAGUACUUUGCAAAGAGACAAAACACAUUUGCAAAGAAAUUUAACUGAUACUCAACAACGACUAACCGCUAGUGAAAACAAAGUAUCAAGAAUAGAGGAAAGAUUAGAAGCAAGAGGCAGAGAAGUAUUAGAAUUAAAAAGUAAAUUAGAGAGGUUGAGUAUAAAUGUUGAUAAUUUAGAAAAAUCACGAGAAGAGUUAUUAAAUGAAAAAGUUAACUUAAAAAACGAAAAAUUAGAGAUUUUUGCUAACAAUUCAGGAAUUAAUGCUAAUGAGGUUGAUAACUUGCUCCGAUAUUAUGAAAGAUUAAUCAACGCCCGCAAAAAUUACAACCAAGUUAAUAUUGGAACUCACGAAGGCAAUAUUAACCGAGUUAGAGGAAUAAUCCGUCAAAGUGGAGUUAGUGUUGAAAAUACUCAAAAGUGUUGUCGGAAGUGUGAGAAAGUUGCCAAAUUACGUACUGAACUAAAUGAAAUAAGACAACAACAAUACGAAGCACGGCAAGAAGUUCCUCCUCGUCAUUAA